CAGUUUGAAAGUAUACCUUUCAAUAUGGCUGCAUUCAGAGAUGAUGUCGAGUUCAACAUGGAAAGUGUUUGAACUAAAUCUAGAUCUCAGUGAUAAUUUGAAUGGUUUUCGCAGUCUGAGAGAUUUGAUCUGUUGGAUAAACAAAAAUGGAACCUAUUUAUGAUGAGACCUACGGGGGCAAGGCCCUCAAUCUGGCUCCAAUCGAGAUGAACGGCGGGAAGAAGAAGAAAAAGAAAAAGAAGAAGCAUCGGAAGUCGCACGAGGCCAAGACCAUAACCAAGAGAAUAGACUAUGUCUUGGUGUACAAGCACCGCGAGGAAAACUCCUUUGAAUCCGCGGAUGAUUUUGAGGAGUACAGCCGGGAGAAGGAGCUCCGUGAUCGGUUCCAGGAGGCCAUGGUGACCAAGGAGCGGCUGGAGGUCCAGGAGGAGACGGUUGGGGAUCACACCUAUGUCAAGAUCCACAGCUCCUUCAACAGGCUCUGCAAGGAGGCGGAAGACAUCAAUCUGGAGAUGCCACUCAAAGGGGCUGCAAUAAUUCCAAACAAGAAGAAAGGGUGCAUAGCCGGAAUUGAGAAACGAUUAAAGACUGAUGAUGAAUUGGACUUUGUGAGUGCACCGUUCUGUGUUCAGAAGAGGAAUGUUUUUGACGGGAUCGAUAACCAAGAGACAUUCUUUAGAUCAGCCACGAGGAGUUACCUGACUCAUCAUAUAUUGAUCAAUAUGGAUGUCAGAGAAUCUGGAGAUAAGAGGGAUAACGAUUCGAUGAGGAGAAAAGGGCUACCAUACAUGAUUCUGAGGGGUAUCUAUGUCGACGGAUUCAUCCUCCAUGAUGAGUCUGUGUAUGAAGAUCUGGAUGAGGAUGAGAGGGAUGCAAUGAGGAAAGAAAGUGAGAAGCUGGGACACUUCCUACCUGAUCUGGAUCAUAGAGAGAGAGACUUUAACAUUACACGUCGAGACUCCAGAUUUGAUAUGCAAAGAACGUGGGUGCGAUUCUCCAAGUACCAACCGCUGUGGAAGAUCAGGAACUACUACGGGGAGCAGAUCGCUUUCUACUUUGCGUGGGCAGGAGCGUUCGCCACCUAUCUCUGGAUACCUAUGCUUAUGGGGCUGGCAAUUUGGGGCUAUGGUCUUUUCCUCAGCAUUGAAAAUUACCAAGACAUGGUGGAUGAUAAAGGAAAGCAGCGGGACCUGAUGGAAGAACUAGAGGCAAAUAAGAGCCUUUAUAAUCUGAGUGCAUCGGACGAGAGUCUAUUAGCAAAUCUCACUCAACAAUUGGAAGACGAGUCUCUCAUUACCAUGAUUACAGAUGCAGGCUUGACAGUGUUCAAGAACUCUUUUGACUCAGAAGUGACUCCAUAUUAUGCCCUCGUUAUAUGUCUUUGGGGUACAAUAUUCCAGGAGGUUUGGAAGAGGAAGAGAGUGAAGCUGGCCUAUGAAUGGGAUGUGGAUAACUAUGAUAUGUCUGAACCUGACAGGCCAGAGUUCUAUGGUACCAAGGAGAGACCGGAUCCUGUAUCUGACCUACCAGACUGGUACUAUCCUUUCUACAAAAGCUUCUUGAAAUUCAUGACGUCUUUUGGCAUCCUCAUAUUUAUGGCGUUGCUGGUUAUCAUGAGCGUGAUCAGCGUGAUUAUCUACAGACUUUUCACGGAGGCUCUUCUCUACGACUCGGACAGUCUUGUUCAACUCCUCGUCUCUGUCUUGAUCUCUUCUCUUCUGAACUCAAUUUCCAUUCUCAUCUUGGGAAAAAUAUAUGAAAAAAUAGCUCUCAAGCUGAAUAGUUGGGAGAACCACAGAACAAAGAGUACAUACGAGAAUGCUCUCAUCGUGAAACUCUUUGCCUUCCAGUUUGUCAACAGCUACUCUUCCCUCUACUACAUUGCUUUUUUCAGAGAUCAAUCUGGGUCUGAUUCUUUCCUUGGCAUCGAUGGCUUAAGGGAUUCCUGUACGGAUAACAACUGUAUGUCCAUGCUGUCUCUGCAAGUCUUUGUCCUCAUGUUGGUCAAACCGGUUCCAAAGUUCCUCAAGGAUGUCAUCCUCCCAUACGUAAUCAGGAAGGUCAGGAAGCGGACCUGCUGUCGGAAGAGCCAGGUCAAAGACCUUGACAUGGAGAAGAUGAGCCCUCACGCUCAGUACCUCAUGAGAGAGAGGAACAAGCCCCCUGUAGGUGACCUUACGCUAGGGGAAUACAACGAGAAGGUCAUUCUCUAUGGCUUCCUCAUGAUAUUUUCUUCUGCGCUGCCCAUUGCCCCACUCAUUGCUAUCACCGUCUUGCUACUGGACAUCAGGAUAGAUGCAAAGAGGUUACUCUGGUUCAACAGAAGGCCUGUAGCUUUUAUCGCAUCUAACAUAGGAAUGUGGUUCUCGAUCCUGGACUUCAUCAACUUUGCUGGUGUGGUGUCCAAUGCCUUCAUCAUCGCAUUCACAGCUCAGUGGGGCAAGAAGUACAGCUCUGUGGAGAAGCUCUGGAUUGUCAUAGGCUUUGAGCACAUUGUAUUUGCAGUGAAGUUCAUGAUCAUGUACAUCAUUCCAGAUGUACCGUCAGAUAUAGCACUCGCUAUGAGGAGGGAGAAGUACCAGGUGGCCAAGAUCUUGGAGGAUGCCGAGAACCAGCCGCCCAUGAAAAGUAAGGACUUUAUGAGUCGCGUGAUUCCUAGCGGGUCCGACUACAAGGGCCUCAAUUACUAUACCUCAGAGAUGGAUCGGAUAUCCAGCAGCAGCCAGUCCCUUGAACACAGUUUCAACGCGGGCUCCCCCGUCAAUUACGCGGCCUCGGCUGCCGAUGCCGACGACAUGUACGAGAGAGAGGCUGAUAGAACAGAGUUAACUUACGAUGAGAAUGGAGACUCAUACUUGGCCAGCCCUCGCUUACUUCCCCCAGAGGAACCCGUCAAGAAACGCAAGAAGAAGAAGAAGGCGAAGACCCCCCGUUCCCCGCCGGUUGACCCCGACCUACCCCCUCUCCAGACUGCAGGGGUGUACUCCGUCAUGAAUCCUAACAUGAAUCCCAACCUCGCUUACCCUCCUAACUACGGUUUCCACCCCUCCUACCCGCCAGAUAACAGCUUCAAUGAUACCUCCCAGGAGGUACCGGUCACGUACCCGUUGCCUGUCAAUAAUACAUUCACAGGACCCUUCUAGCCCCCUCACCAAGACUCACAACUUCUUCUUCUUUGCAAUGAAAUUUUUACAACCAUCUCAUUUUAGUUUUACUUGCUGAAAAAGGAAUUAUUCAUCCUUUUGAAAUACGUGUUGAUAGUAUUUCAAAUUGUAGAGUUUUCUUCCCAGUUAGAGAGAUGUUCUCGGUUUGUACCUGUAAGCACAAACAUGAAAAAGAUUUAAUUAAUUUUUUUUUUCCUAUGUGAUUAUUGUCCUGAAAUAUAUAUUUUGAAGUGUCAAACGAUUUUGUGAUAAUUUACAAUGCUGUAAUUAACCUGUAGUUUUGUUGAUAAUUUAAAAUGGAUAAUUCCAUGUAAAUGCAUAUUCUGCUACUUCCAAGAGAAAUGAAGUAAAUCAUAUUUGAGAGAUGCCUGGUAGAUUAAAAUGAAUGCUUAGUAUAAUGCAUUAUCAUGAAGUAUAUUCUUGUAUCUUGAAUAAUUGCUAAUGAUAUACAGACUAUUGCUCAGUGCAUUUCUUAAAUUCACCUUUCAAAGCCACCCCAGUAUAGAGGAGAUAUUAGGGGAUGGCACAGUAUGCAAUUUCAAAACCAUGCAGUAAAUCAUGAAACACUUUUUAUACAUUUGCCUCUCUCUACCCAGGUGUCUACAAGGGGGACAGAAAAAGGAACCUUCAUAUGUGCUGUUAUCGGACAUUUUCCAAACCUAAAUAUAUGUCACUAAUUACUUUUUUCAGUGGUGUAGUUUUCACCUACUGAUUUGAUGAGGCUUCGUGAAAUUUUAUCACUUUAAUUUUAUAGAAUUAAAGUUUAUCUUGCUGUUUUUGAUGGGUUGAUAUGUUCAAUGGUUGAUGUUUUUGUAACUUGUGAUGUAAGCAAAACAAACGCAUGCUUGAAAGGUAUAAGCACCCAGGUACCUUCAUGCCUCGGCAAAGGGCACUAUUAUCGUGCACCAACUUGGAUUUGAACCCGCAAUCUUUUGUUCCAAUACCACUACCCCAUGCAUUGUCUAACUAGUAGCAUCCUAAAGUAUUUCGUAAACUCUUGCAGGCCACAUUAUCUUGUAGCAUCUUGCAAUAUUUUUUAUACUCCUGCAGACCACAAUUAAUUACCUUGUCUUAUCAGAGAUUUUGAUUUAAUUUGUGGCGUUUUGAUUUCUAUUAUGUAUUUGUGACAUUCCUAUUACUAUUAUGUGAAUAGUGUAAGUUAUGUAUUCAUUAGCCUUUUACCUUGGAUUAUAAUUCAUUAGUACAAUAAGUGUUAUCCUUUUCUUAUAUGUCAUGUUAAUAUUGAAUUGUACAUAGAUUUCUGUUAUACUGUAUAAAUAUUUAUUUCCAAUUUGUUUGUGUAUAUAUUGCAUUGUAUGUAUAUAUUGUUUCCUUUUAAAAUGUUUUUUCAGGUACAUAAAUGUAUCUUAUUUCUUAAUAUAGUUUUACCUAGACCUGUACAAAUAUGGUUAAAAGACAAAAAAACAAAACAAUUGAUCUUUUUGCUGUAUAAUCCUAUUGGCAUUAUAUCAAUGGAAGUACAAAAUGACAUUUAUCAAACAAAUUUUUAUAUAUACAACUUUUUAUAACCAACUUUGUAUUCAGAACAACUGCACUCAGGUGACUUGGUUACAGAAUUCCAAUUCAUUUUCUUGUUUAGAAGUCUUCAAUUGGUCACAAGGUAUUUACCGGUAUGUCUUUUUUUGUAGGGGGUGGGGGCAUAAUUAGGACAGCAUUGACUCUAUCAUGUUAAGAUAUUUCUGUUGUGAAUGUAUGAUGUUACUGGGUGUAUGUAGUUUAAAUGUACAAGCAAAUGGGUACUUUUUAAAUCUUAAGUAUGAAAAUCAAUACUACUACAGGUAACCAUAAAAAAUAACACAAAGGAACAAAUGAUGAAAAAAGAGGUUUUUAUGUAUAUGUAUAUUUUAUUGUGUAUUUUCAUACUUGUGUGGAAAAGUUGAGCUUGGGCAAUCAUUGUGUACAAAGGUUUUAUCAUCUAUUCUUUGAAUUAAACAUAUUGCUGGAUUUGACACAUUAAGGUA